UAUAAACGAUCACCAUGGAUGGUUGUGGGGAAGGCAGCGGGACAAACAGACUGAUGGUGGAAAAGCUAUCCUUGUCCUGUGAUAGACUGCUAUCUCACCUACAGCUGGCCUGCUGUCCAUCUCACUGUGCCUCACCACUACAAGGCAAGGACCUGUUGAUACACUGUCUCCUGGACACAGAGCUGAAGGCCCUGCGACUGACUGGUCACCAUGGAGACAUCUCUGCCAUGGUGUUUGGGACAGGUAGAGACCCUCUCCUGCUCUGCUCUGCCUCUGCAGAUUAUGUCAUAAUCUGGGACAUCCGGCGCUGCUACAGGAGAACUAGGGAGGGGGUAGUUGCGUCUGGUACAGUUAUUGGGACACUACUGGGCAAGGUAGUCCAUCUGUCAUUUUGUCCCUGUGAUGAGCGAGUGGCUGCAUGCUCAGGGGCGAAAGUAUACAUACUCAACUCCAAUAUAGAGGAAGUGUUGUCUGUGCUGGCUGGCCACCUGGGACCUUUGACAGCAGCUGAGUUCUGUCCAUGGGACAAAGACAUCCUGGUGUCCAUAUCAGAAGACCGUACGUUUAAGGUUUGGGGAUUAAAAAUGGAACAGAUUCUCUAUCAGUCUGCUGUAUUGUCAGCAUCUCCACUACUCAGUAUGUUGUUCUUGGAGAAGAGCAGGCAGCUUGUCACUGGUUCUGCUGAUGGACAGGUGUGGAGCUUCACUCUUCCUGAGGACCACAGAUGUCAUUUGGUGACCAAAUUGGACCUUCACAAGGUGCAGCAACGACACCAAAGACACCUGGACACAGUGGCCCCACAGACUGGUGGUGUACUAGGAAUCACUCCAGACCCAGUGGAGACGGCAAAGCCAGUCCUCAGAAUUGGUCCUUAUCACAGACCUGACAUUGAUCAUGGGCAGCAGAGCUGGGUGUGGAUGGGAAGCUCUGAUGGCCUCUACCUGGUUGACCUGGGCACCUCUGAGCUCCACAUGACAUUACUUUUCAGAGACCACCCCAACUUGAGCAUCACCAUGGCUGGAUCAUGGGCCAUGUCCCAAGGACUGGAUAACAGUAUGAUCUUUGUGGUGACCUCUCUAUUUGAGGCCCUGGUGUCUGUAUUGGAGGUGAGACUGCUGGGGUCAGGGUCCGUGGACAACCUCUGUCAGCACCUGGAGAGGCUCUCCGUCAUGCCCAGUGCCCCUCUGAUGCCUGAAUCUCCUCUCAACGCUGAGUUGAAAAAGAAGGGUCCUAAACCUCCCACAAAAACAGGGAAACGUGGUGUGAAGGAGCAGCCUCUAGUUUUCCACACACAGGUCAAGUCAUCAGGAUACACACAAUGUCCCCGAAUGACAAUGUUCUCACCCAAGACCAAUGUUCAGAAGAAGACCCCAGGACCUACAAAGACCAACAAGAAGAUAGGAUGUCUCGUUAGUGAAUACCCAGGAGACACUGCAGCACCCAGUGUCCCACACACUAACCUCAGCACAGUCAAAACCCCUACACCAGUUUGCUGUACCCAAUACUCAGGAGAUGGAAAGCAGAUUCUGUGUGGUCUGGGAGACGGAUCUGUAUUGUUGUACAAGUCCUCCCUCACUGGCACUCCAGCUGUUUACACAGGUCAUGACAAGGCAGUGAGCAGUGUGGCCUGGAGUCACAUCAGACAGUGGUGGCUGAGUGCCUCAGAAGACAGGACCCUCCGCAUCUGGCCCACAGGAAGUCCUGAGCCUGCCGUUACCAUGGGGGGUGAUGAGAAGUUCUCCAAAACCAUCCGGGGGGCUCAGUUCUACUACCUGGAUAAGUUCCUGUUACUGGCAUCUGGUCCCUCCCUACACCUCUACCUGUAUCACCUGGACAACACACAGGACGACAUUAAAAGGUACCAGCAGAGGAGUGCCAUCAAACUGACAAGAUGUUUAGAGACUAAGUCAGGAACAGACAUCACUGCUGUGUCAGUCAUCAACGACUUCUACUCCUACAUAGUGCUGGUGAGUGGUGCUGACCGCUCCAUCCAGGUGUUGGACAUGAACACAGGGACAGUGGCCUCACAGCUCCCUGAUGCUCACAGCAGAGCUGUCCAUCACAUCACACAGAACAAGGGCUCUAUGUUCAGUAGCCAGACCCCAGACUCCUACAACCUCUUUCUGACCAGCGCAGUGACCGACGGGGUUAAGCUGUGGGACCUGAGGACACUCAGGUGUGUGCGGCGGUAUGAGAACCACGUGAAUCGCUGUCAUCCCUGCACCGCAGCCUUUUCACCCUGUGGACGAUUCAUUGCUUCUGGCUCUGAAGACAACUGUGCCUAUGUGUAUGACAUCCGCAGCAGCAGCUACCUCCACAAGCUCCAGAGACACUCCGACACCAUCCUCAAUGUGACCUUUAACCCUGCUAUACCUGAGCUGCUGACCGGGACUCUGGACGGGAGGCUGAGUCUGUUCCGCCCUGGCAACGCCGCCAUCAAGGUCACCCUGUCAUGACAACCGGCUGGAUCCCAUUACAACAGGCAAGCGCAUUCAAACAUUUGAAGGAAAGCAAAUGCUAUAUGAACCCAGGUCUGGACCUGACAAUGACGCUUGUGUUAUUUACACCAUACUGUAAUGGGGACCAACGGGCCUCGUUAGCUAGAGAGCUUCCUUUUAUCCCAUUGGCUGUGAUCUCACAGUGAGGCUUUACAGAGGGAUGGAUGCCAGGGCCUGGAGAGUUACAGCAGCAUUACUGAGACCCAGGGGCUACAGUGAUAUCACCAUCUUACUGCACCGCUCAGCAGCCUGCGAGUCUGACACGCAGACGUUACUACAUACUAACACACCCAUCCACAUGUACAGAUGUAUUUACAUUAGAAUGGAGACACACACAGACCUAGACAGAAAGAAAAGACUGGUAUGUUCAGUACAGAACUAUAUAUCACCUAUAUCCCAAAGGUACAGUAGGUGAAAUUUGAAUAUUCAAGAUUAAACUUUGAAUGCAUACAGAAUGCUUAAUUGUUUUUGUGCUUCUUUACUGUCCUUCUCCGUUCCACACUUCCAUAGUUCUGGCAAUUAGGCCUACUGCUCAGAUAACAUAUUUCUCCCCCCCUCUCCCUGUUGCUGAUGGUUUGAACAUACACUUAGUGUAUAAAACGUUAGGAACGUCUUUCCAUGACAUAGACUGACCAGGUGAAUCCAGGUGAAAGAUAUGAUCCCUUAUCGAUGUCACUUGCAACUCAAUAUAAGGAAGUUGUUCAUAAUGUUCCUAGGCCUUCAUUGAAAAUAAGAAUUUGUUCUUAACUGACUUGCCUGGUUAAAUAAAGGUUAAAAAAAAAAAAAAAAAAUGUUUGGUAUACUCAGUGUAUGGGGAAGGUACUGUCCUGUACUGUCUGGAUGGAACAAUAUGUAUGGUGGAGACAGUCAGGGUACUGUAGAUCAGAGGACGUCCGCUAGUGUUCUUGGCCACUAAAAGGGAACCAAUAUGGCAUCUCAGGUUUUUUUAUAGACUUUGUAAGGAUUAGGCAAAAUAUCAAUAGUCUGGUCUCGGUUCCUGUCAAGCUGAUAAAAUAAUUUAAAUGUUGAAAGAUAAUGAUUCAAUAAUUCCACUCUGAAACCUUAUAAUUGUAUGAAAUUGAUUAGAAUCAUAAAAUUAUAAUCAUGUGUGUAGUUUUAGCCAGAAUUAGGUUAAACAAUGUAUCUGUAUAGUGGAAAAACGCAGACUGUCUGAGCAAGGCGUAGCUCAGGAUUUGAACUUGUAUGUGGGGGCCGAAGAAAGAUACCGAGAACAGUUAAACUGUGUUUGGACCGACCUGGUUAGGCCUUGAGGGCAUAGGGAGUACUUCUCAAGGUUUCCCUAAUCUCGGGGGAAUGGAAUUGUCGGCUGGGUAGUGAUA